UUGCUUCACAGUCUUGUUUAUUGUGAUCAAACUCACCACAAUGAACUCAAGGCCUCUCGUGGUGAAGGUGAGACACGAAGAGUGCAUAUGGCGAUUAAAGGUUCCGACAGAAGAGGUGUCAUACAAUAAAGUGAGGGAAGUUGUGGAGAAGAUGGUAUCACUUGAGCAAGGUCGCAUUAUCAGGUAUAAGGACGAUGAAGGCGAUAUGUGCGUCUUGACACCAGAGACCUUCGACGAUGCUCUUGAGGUCUCUCAGAGAAGCAACGGCCUUAUUCGCCUCGAUGUGGUUAAUCCGCGUUCGUUCGAACCAAACCCUGUGCCCUCGGCUGCAGAGGAGCACGCCUUACCGUACCAUAUGUCUCUUUCUCGUCAUAAACAACAGUCGUCCUUUACCUCACGGAGCAGUCCACAGAUUUCUUCUACCGCCGAGAGCAGGAGACAAAGCAGAGAUUCUCCUGCUCAUGCUGUCUCGAGAACUUGGGGUCCCUUCGAGCGCUCUUCAGAAGCCUCUCAGCUCGCAGCUCAGCCCCCCCUCUUUUCUGGUCCAGCCAACCCCUACCCUACCGUUCCCGCUACCACGACGCCUCACGUGAAUGGCAUCGAUAGCAAGGAAAAGCCUUGCGACCAAAGUGUUGGUGUGGUCCAACCUAUGUUGCCGAAGUCGAGUGACAGAAUAUACGCGCCUAAGCCGGUGCUUAGGACGUUCCUCCGCCUCAACGAGAUGAACAUGCUUACUCCCAGAAUGAUCACCUCGGUCACAGUGUCGUUUAUACCACUCAUGAUACAGCGAUGCAGUCGUCAUACGGAUAGAUUAUCCCACUAUGUGCGCAAUGACUAUGAGCGUAUGAGGCCUACUCUGCAGAGUAUGCUGUUGGCGAUAACCCAUAUACGAGAGCUUCACGAGUUCAUGCCGCUGCUACAAGCGGUGGUGAACUCUGGUCCCAACACGCCUGAAAUCACCGAGUUUGGUCAAUGGUUCGUUGGCCUCCUCAAGUCCUUUUCAACGCUAUGCUUCGACACUCAGGUUCAGGUGUUGCUGGUGGUAGCUCCUUCGUGGAUACCGUGCUUCCGAGCGGCCGUUCGACUCGGCCACUUUGAUGUACCGCCUACUCCUAUACAGCAAGUUACCCAUCAUGGUGUGGACUGUGAUGGCUGUGGUACGAAGCCUAUAGUAGGGCCCCGCUUCAAAUGUCAAGUGUGCGACUACGACCUCUGUGGCGAAUGCUACCCCUUCAAGAGCACUCUUCACGCUGAGCUACACGAUUUCGUAUGUGUCUUGCGCUCAGGCCGAGAUUCUACUAAGGACACUUUGUCAUCGGACUUAUCGACCCCAGCAUUGUCAGCCUAUGUAUCUUCACUGGAACGGCAAGCAUCAGCGGGGAGGGAGCGAGCUCAGGGUUUCAACUGAAUGAAGGAGGCGGUGUGCACAUCUGUCAUUCGCUCGAGCUAGCUGCGGUUGGUCGUUUCGUAUCUACUCCUACCAUAAUUUUUUUACUUUUAUCGUUAUUCACGUUGGUGAUAAUACAAUGGGUUUGUGGGCGUAAGAAAAGUGUACUCGUUCGCCGUUCAUGAGCAGUAGAGAUUCUCAUCGGCUUCUUCGCCUUUCUUUUUGGUCGUCAAUUUGGUAAGCUACUCUAGGGUUUCCGACUCGUAUUUACUCAUGUAUUUAUUUGUUUCACCCCGUCUCUUUCGCUCUCAUCGCGGUAGUGCUGAAUAGUAGAAGUUUUUUGGGGGUUGUCGUUCACGCCCAGAGAGACCGUGGUCACAUGAACGGUCAGUUGAGAGGCCGGGUAGCCUGGCAGAAACUUCGUCUAAGUCGAGA